UGCAGAGGACCAAUCACGGUGCGUUUUGUUGAGACGUUCAAAAAAACAUUUCUGACAGAUACGAAAGGAGAAGGCCGUAAUCGGCCAUGGAGUCCUCUUCAGUGUAUAUGUGUUUUCCCUGUUAUCGGGAGUUUCCUACGCUGGAAGAAGUGCUUGCACAUCAGAUGACCUGCACUGCAGAGAACCCACAACUCCUGCCCAAUGAGACGCCAGUUGAAGCAGCAGCAGCUGCCGCCGGCCUACCACAGGUGGCGAUGCAGGCUGUGACGGUUCCCCAAAUUCAAACUCAGACAGCUGUUGAUCUGUCUUCCCUGCUUCAGCAGAAGAAAACUAUUCAGGCGGAUGCUCCGCGUGUGCUGUACCAGUGCGCUGACUGCGAGGUCCUCUUUGAUGCUUUGUCAUUGUGGCAGCAGCACCGUAAGAUGGGCUGUUGCCUCGAGACAGAACCUGCAGGAGAGCAGACUGAAGAAACGUAUGAAGCAGUUGCCCAACCGCAGCCCAGCCAAAAAGAAAAUGAAAACGCCGUGCAGGAACAAAAUACGCCUGAACAAACCCAGGUCAAAGAAGUGGUGGAAAUUAGAUUCGAGAGCGUUAGUCAGGGGUCGGUGGAAGUUGCUGGAAAAGUAGCAGCGCCUGCGACCUCUGAGGAGGAAGAAUCGAGCAACAGUGUCUCCAAGGAGGCCUCGGCCACUCAUGAGGCUUCGUCUGUGGAGACCUCAGCUGAAGCGAGCAGUCCUGCCACGAGGCGCAGGGGGCAGAAGAAGGCCAAACCCCCCUCCAGCCUGCUCUGUGUGGAGUGUGGACAAAGCUUCAGUCUGGUUCCAGAGCUCGUGACUCACCGCAGGACUCAACAUGGCUUGAAAGAUGCCAUACACCGCUGUGCUGUCUGUGGAGAGGGCUUCCUCAACACCACGCUUUUCCUUUACCAUCGCAGGCAGCACCGUUCAGAAGUUGAGGAGGAACCCAAGCAGGCUUCAUCUGGCAUCCCUCAGAUCUCCACAGCCAUGCUGGAGGCCCCAGGAGAGGGCCUCCUGCUUUUGGCAACAGCUGGAGAAGGCCAGAGCCUGAUGGAGGUGACCACUCUGGAGCAAACCAUCACUGAGACCCCUGUAGCGCAAGUGGAGGUUGAGCUGGAAGGCAACGAGAUACGAGGAACCGAACAGGAGCCCAUGGUUGAAGGAGCAGAGAUAUUGGUGGAGAAGACUGAGGAGAUGCUGGAGGAGCAUGAAGCACCUGACCAGGAGGUAAAAAUGGAGUUGGUCAUUGAGAAGGUUGAAGGAAAUGUGCAGAUGGAGAAGAUUGGUGCGGAUGAGGAGAUCCAGGAUGCGGUGGAGAGUAACGCUUCAGAGAACACAUCCACUGCUUUCCUCUGCCAUCAGUGUGGAUCUGUUUUUAGCAAUGAUCAGGAGCUGGCCAAGCACCGUAAAGCUGAGCACGGCCUGGAGGCGGCGCUGCACACUUGUGGAGACUGUGGGGCUAAGUUUAUGAGUACCACACAGUUCCUGUACCAUCGGCGGCAGCAUAAGAACACAACUGCGGGACAUCUAGUCACAGCUGAAGUCAAAAGCAGACUUUACACUACUGCAGCUUCAGGAGCAGCAGCAGCAGACGGUGGUCUUGAAGCCCCUGCGAAAUUGAGCCGUGAAUGGUCACGCACCGCUCUGCCCCACGAGUGCCCCCAUUGUGGCCAGGGCUUUACUCGCCGCAGCCGUCUGCGCGAGCAUGUGUUCCAGCACACGGGCGAGAAACUCUUCAACUGCAAAAUCUGCAAAAAGAGCUUCCCGUCUCCAGCCAACCUGCUGCGUCACAGCCUGAUCCACGGAGGAUCCCGCAUCUACAGCUGCCCCAUAUGUGACAAGCGCUUCUUCCAGCCCACAUCCCUCAAACGCCACAUGAUGACUCACCAGGAGGGAGUCCAGGAGCGCAGGACUCGAGGCAGAGGGAAAGGUAGGGGACCAUCAAGUGAUGGCCGUCUACACAUCUGCCCAGAGUGUCCGGCCAGUUUCAAGUUAGAGGCCCAACUGAAGAGUCACAGACUCCUACACACCAGCCACCCGUUCCCUUGCAGUGUGUGCGGAGAGGCUUUUAUACGACGCAAAGAGCUGGACCUGCACUCUCUCAUCCACCAAGACAAAGAACCAAAGAUGUGUCCAAACUGCGGCUCUCAGUUCCUGAAUCAGACAGUGCUGGACACACACCUGCAGCGCUGCACGGGGGAGCAGACGGGACAGCGCAAAUAUAAAGGGCAGGGAAGAGGCAAGGUAGGAGGUCAGCUGGAGUGUGACAUGUGUGGGCACCGCUGCGUGACUCAGGACGGACUGGACCUGCACCGUCUCUCCCACACGGGUCAGACACCCCUGCGGUGCCCGCUCGCCCCCUGCAGACGCCGCUUCGCCUCUAGUGCUGCUUUAGGGGAACAUCUGGUCGCCCACUGCUGCGGAGCCCUGGGCAAGAGAAACGCCCCGCGCCGCUUCACCUGCGAGUUCUGCGGCAAGGAGUUUGCCUAUGCCUCAACUUUCACUGUUCACAUGAGGACACACACCAACGAAAGACCCUUCGAGUGUGCUCAGUGUGGCAAGCGUUUCCGGCAGCUUCCACACUUGCAGGACCACGAGCGCAUCCACAGCGGCGAGCGGCCCUUCACCUGCUGGGUGUGCGGGAAGAGCUUCAGCGUGGCGGCGAGGCUGACGGAGCACGCGCGGGUUCACAGCGGCGAGAGGCCGUACGUCUGCCCCCGCUGUCCCACCGCCUUCCGCUCACGGCCAAACCUCGACAAGCACAUGCGCAUUCACGCCAACGACCCCGUGGACCCCACCGCUCAGAACGUCAUGGAUGAUGAUGCCGCGGUGCAGACCAUCCUCCUGGUGCAGGAGUCGGCAUCGUCUUCACCCUCGUCCUCCUCGUCUGUCAUGCCCGUGGUCCAGGAGGGCAUGUUCGUGACAGAAGAGGGAGGUUCAUCUGUGGUUUUCCUGCACCCCAAUAUGAGUAUGCCCACCAUCACUGUGCCAGCCAUUUCUGUGCCCUCCAUGAAUAUGCCCAACAUCUCUGUUGUAGCAGGUCAGGAUGUUCCUCACACUAUUGAGGUCAUCUUAGAGGAGACUGUGUGAAAAUGAACAUGGUGUCAAAUUAAUUUUUUGGUUUGCAAUUUCUUUGAAAGGCAGAUUUCAGGAAUAUGAUGUUCAGACUUAUAGGAACACUACUCUUUUAUUUUUGGAAAUAGGCUUAUUUUAAGUCUCCUACUUGUAAUUUGACCAUUUUUUAAUCCACUCAACCAAUCUUCAGGUUGUGGAAGAUCUUUUAGCAUAGCUUAGCAUCAAUCAUUGAAUCGGAUUAGACCGUUAGCAUGUCAUUCAAAAUUUUCAAAAGUUUUGAUAGUUUUCUUAUAUAAAGCUUGACUAUUCUGUAGUUAUGUUGUGUACUAGGAUAGAUGGACAAUGAACAUUUGCGAUUUUCUAGGUCAAUAUUGCUAGGAACUACAACG